AUGAACCUUCUCAAAUGGCCUUGGUCUCGUAUCUCUGGUCUACCGGAAUACCAAAUCAUGAACGAGAAUGGGUCCGAUGCCGGGUCUGAGGACCACCUACUCGCCGAAAAGGGCGCCAUUCGCCCCCGGAAGGGAUCCGGCAAACUAUCUCAUCAACUCUGCCGACCAUAUCUUUGGGUCCAUCUCAUGGUAUUUACGUUCUAUACCGCACUCUUCCUGACCUUCGUCAUUUCCCUCCACGGUGAAGAGAAGAUAUGCGCCGACGACCAGACCAUGGUAUGGUCACCAGCUCGAAAGGCUCUGAAGCCAGAACGAUCCUUGUGGAUGAAUGAAGUGACGGAUGGUAAUGUCUAUCGAGGCAAGCCGAGACCAGAAUUAGACGCUGCAUGGGACGAGCUCGUCUUAUACAGCAAUCUUAAACUCAAAGCAGAAGACCUCAAGAAAAUCAACAGGACUUCUGUUCGACUUUCAGAUGCAUCUGGUCAGUUGACCGAAUAUUAUUGGAGCGGGUUGAACGUCCAUCAUCAAAUCCACUGUUUGAAAUUAGUUCGACAAGCUCUAUACCCGGAUUACUACUUCAAGGGCAAUGUGAAGCUGAAGCGCCAUUUGGAAGAUCAUAUUGAUCACUGCGUUGAUAACAUUCGCAUGGCUCUCAUGUGCAAAGCAGACAUCUCAAUCGGUUCAUAUGACUGGGUCGACAACAAUAGAAGGCCAUUGACGAACUUCCGGACCGAGCAUAGCUGCUAUAAUUGGGACCUCGUCAAUAACUGGGCUCGAGAUCGCCACUUCGAUAUUUACGACAAUGUCACAAUUGUUCAUCCAUUCCUUGGCAAGUCGUAUCCUCUCGACUCUGAUGGCCACUAUGUGUUCACUGAGGAAAUCGAUCCAUUCUUGGGCAACAAGAUCACGCCACCUUUGUGA